AUGAGCGCCGCCCACAGUGGUGCUGGAAGACAAUGUGCACUGCGAGCCAGUUACCUAACUGAGAAACUGUCAUCAGAGAGUGCAAUCUGGGCAUGGUGCUCGGUGAUGUUGGAGAACACGCUUGGGACGAUCCACAUCGAGGCAUACGUCAUGCAUGUUGACAAGGUCUCACAGAGUGAGGUGGCUUUCAAGUUAACCAAAGAGACGAUCAAUGACCUCAGGAGAUAUGAAGAAUCCCAAUCACUUGAUGCAGCUACAUACAGGUGGAAGUGGCCAGAGAAGCAAGCUCCGCUGGACAAAUUACAUGAGGAGUUUGUCGAAGCCGUCAACAAGUUCGUUUACCGACCAAUGCCAAGGCCCUGGAAGGACUAG